GUCCCGGAAGGCGCCGCCGAGCCCCGCCCGGGCCGUGACCCCGCAGCCGGGGCUGUGCGUGAAGACCCGCGCGGGGGGGGGGCACAAGGUCUUCAUCAACGUCUGCCACGCGCCCGAGGUGCCCCCGCCCCCCCCCCGGGCCCCCCCCCGGACCCCCCAGAGCCCCCCCGGCCCGGGGGGCUCCUUCCGCAUCCCCAUGAGCCUGGGGGCGCCCCACGCCGAGCUGGACCGAGGAGGCCGGGCCUGCACAGCGUACGACGUGGUGGUGAACUCGGGGUUCUUCAGCACCCUCAAGGCCGACCCGCUGUACCUGGAGCUGUUCCUGACCGUGGCCAUGGAGGGGCUGUCGGACAAGUACGGGCAGGAGCUGGAGCUCACCGGCUGGCGCGUGCUGCGGCACCGGCGUUUCCUGGGCUCCCUCUCUGCCCAGAGCAUCCGGGCCCAGCCCCCGCCCCGCAUCCAGGAGCUGCCCGGGACCCCCCCCCCCCCCCCGUUCGUGGUGCUGGCCCGGCCCUCGGCGCGGGAGCCGCGGGAGCUGCAGGCGCGGGUGCUGCUGCCCCAGCUGGAGGGGGCGGGGUCUCUGUGGCUGGGCCUGAGCGAGGAGCGGCUGCUGCUGCUCCGCCCGCCGCCAGGGGGCGCUGUGCCCCCCGCCCUCUCCGCGCCGGGUCCUCCCGGCCGCCAGGGGGCGCUGCUGGAGCUGGGGCUGCCCCUGCGCGCCGACCCCGCGCGGUGCCGCGCGCGCUUCCACCGCCGCUCCAAGGUUCUCACGGUGACCAUGCCGCUGCUCCGGGCCUGAGGGACCCCCGGGACCCCCCCCCGGGACCCCCCCCCGGGACACCCCAGGACACCCCUGGGACCCUCAGGAUCGUCCUGGACCCUCCUGGACCUCCCAGGACACACUUGGACCCCCCAGAACCC